AGGACAACCUUGUCUGGGAUCUGUGGCCAUUUAGACUGCGAGAUGGAUUAUCAUGUGAACCAAGGCUUUAAUGUUUGCAGAUAAUACCAAGAUAUGUGGAUUGGAAGAAAAUCUAGAAUCUGUUGAAUCAUUGCAAAGGGACCUGGACAGCAUACAGGCUUGGACAGAUCUGUGGCAGUUGAAAUUUAAUGUCUUACACAAUAAGAUGAUGGAAUUUUACUCUGUUGCGAGUGCAUUAACCCUGGUCCUGACUCUGCAACAUACAGUCGGAGAAUCUAAUAGAUUACACCCUGGCCCUGUCAAUCUUCUGCAGUAUCUGAAGAAGGCUCCUCUACCAGGGAAGAGAUAUAAUAUGGCACCAAAUGAAGUGUUUCAUUAUCAAAGGAAACUACCUGCACAAGAUGAACCAGGACUCCCUGCCACAGAACCCAGUGUUGAAAAACAAGCCCCUGGGCAAGGAACCUCUGAAGAAAUGAAAGUCUAUGAAGCUCCACUUAAAGUUACUGAAGCCCUGGAAGAACAUACCCCAGUUACAAAAGCAACUCCUCGUCCUGAUACGCCUGUGCCAGAAUUAAAAAAGCAAAUGGUGUAUGGAGAAGACAAUAAAACAGUUACAAUGUAUGCAAAUAUCAAUUCCAAAGAGAAGAUUCUUGUCUGUAGACCUUUUUAUCUCAAGGAUUCACUACUGCAACGUGUUCAGUACAAGUGGACUACAGCGAAUGGCAAAAAAAUUGAAGCCUCAGACUCUGUCAGUAUUUCAGGCAAUGGCCAGCUUGUGUUUCAUCGGUUCAUCACUGAAUAUAGUGGUGAAUACCACUGCAACACCUCAUACAUCCUGGAAGGCUUUGAAUAUCAGAAAAAGUACAAAUUUAUUAUAUUUGGUUUCCACAAACCCGACUGGAGCUUGAGUGCCAGUGUUGAAUUUCUCUCUCGUGGCUGCAGUCAAACAGCUAAUAUACAGCUUGUUCAGUCAAUUCUCACUCAGUUGCAGCCACGCUUAACAGGGUUGGGAUGGGAAGUCGUUGAAAAAACCACAACAUGCCACUGGACUAAGAAAGCAAAAAUUCUUACGCCGGAUCCUCGCUCAGUUAUCAUUCAUAUGGACUUCAUAGUUUUUCCAUAUGGAAUCACAUGGGAGGAAGAGUGCCCUCCAGAGAUUGCAGAUAAGAAUAGCUGUGACCAGGGGACGGAGACAAAACUGAAAAUUGUGUAUUCCCAAAUUGAUGAUUUCUUCAAGAUCAACAAGGAUUUCAGUGCUAAUGUUCUAGGAACUGUCAAGUUGAAGUUGUUAGGUAGCUCCUUGACAAGUUUCAAAAUCCUUCACUGCAAACCUGGAUUUGGGCAGGAAGACAGCCAACAUGAGUGCUCCAGCUGUUGCGUGGUAUGCAAGCCAGGGACUUUCAGCUCAGCCAGGUCACCGCAGUGCAACAAGUGUCCCCGUGCAACAUACAGUAGCCAGUAUGGACAGGUGUCCUGCAACUCAUGCCAAAAUAAGGAAACUACUCCAACAACUGGAGCAACCUCCAGUAAGCAAUGUGUUCCUGCAUCUACUGGACCAUUUGUCAUAUUUAUCGGAGUCCUUUCAGUUUUGGGGGUUUUUUGCAUUUUUUUUAUCAUUGCCCUAAUUUAUAGGUUUGUUGUCUGCCGCCCUCCUGUUUACAGUGCAGACAGUGGAUCGGAAAGAACUACAGAGAGUGAAAUGGACAGCAGUUCCCAUCAUAUUGAGAGUGAAGCAGAAGCAUAUCACACUGAAAUGAUUUAUCUUCACUACAAUUAGUAUUUGAGCUAGAGCUUUUUUUUCUGUAUUUGGCACAUAAAGAGAGAAGCAAUUGGAAGGACUCCAGAAUAGAAUUUAAUGAGGGAAUAGAUUUCAUCACUCAGUUUUUUUUAUCCUGCGUGUGUUAUAGAGAGUAAAAUAAAGGAACAGAAUCAGUCACAAAGAGUUAAAUUACAUUUGAAGUCUAAUAAAUGUAAACACCAUAGCUAAGUGUUUUUCAAAGGAUUAAUGUUAUGGUACUAAAUAUACAUGCAUCAAGUAAUGCAUUAAAUGUAGCUAAAAAUUAACAAAGCACAAUAAUAUCACCAUAAAGUAAUAUCUGAAUAUUAUAUUUGUAUGCUCAGAAGGGAUUAAAAAUGUCUGAAGAUGUAAUAAAUAUUUUUUUCCUGUAAGAUCAUUAAAUCUGAUCCAGCAACAACACAUUUCAUUAGCACAUAAGCAUCACAUAUCCUAAGUGCUUGAGUAAGGAUGUGCAUGACAGGAAGAGACAAUAUGCAGUAGUACAGGCAUGAUCUAACCACUUUUACAAACAGGUUUUCACCAUCAUCUAGUGCUUUACAUUUGAGCACAUAUUUUUCUCUGCUCAUAGGUUUCUCUGGUCAUAUUCUUGUUUUUGUCCUUUGUCACUUGUUCAUCUCUUAUGGUAUGGUAUUGGAGCAGUCAGUAGGCUUUAUCCUUAUAACACAGCUUUCCCCAUUUGUUCUGUGUUCUUUCCAGAUGAUUUUCAUCAUUAAAAUCUAAAUCAACUA